GCGCAGAAGAAGGUCAAUAUCAAUAUUUCCACUAUAAAGAUAUCUUUGAGUAUUAAGCUUAACUGAGUUUGUGCUAGUGCACAGCAAGUUCCGAUAGAAACUAAGUUAGGGCGGCUGAGCACAGAAGUACGUCCCCUUAACCACACUUCUCUUCAUGUCGUCCGUACAUCCAUACAGUCUGGCUCAUCAAAGUAACUCACAAUGGGUGGUAAUUGUCACCAAUCAGCUGACCAAUUCUUCGGUCCUACUGUGUCUUGUCCACAUGUAUUCGAUUUUACCUUGUUAUUCGAGCAAAGCAUCCUCUCCAUUGGUCCCUCUAUUCUGUUCCUGCUGCUCGUGCCCUUGAGAAUCUUGUAUCUCUACAGGAGAAGUAUCAAGACUACCAAGCUCGUCAAUAAUUGUCUUUGGCUCAAACUCACGAUAGCAGUAUCUCUCAUAGGCGCUCAGAUUGCAAUAUUGACAUUAUGGGCUCAAGAAAACACAGUUCGUACUGCUAUUCCGUCUGCCAUUCUAUCUCUGCUAGCCGUGCUCCUCAUCACAGUCCUAUCGGCCAUCGAACACAGCCGAUCGGUUCGUCCAUCAACCUUGAUAUGCGUGUACCUGCUGGUUACCAUCCUGCUCGACUCGAUUCAGGUUCGGACCUUAUUUCUACGACCAUAUUACUCUAAUAACCUCGCGGCCAUGGCUGCUACAGCCGUCGGAUUAAAAACAUUCCUCCUGUCCAUCGAAAUUCAACACAAAGGCAAAUAUUUAAGCCUUAAAGACCACGAACAAUAUCCACCAGAGGAGUUGAGUGGGGUGUUUGCUCGGACAAUCUUCUUAUGGCUCAACGAGUUGUUUUUUAGAGGCUUUCGUAAAAUCUUGACAUUGGAUGAUCUGUUCCCUACAGACAAUAAAAUGCAUUCCAAUCUCUUGAUGGGCGCUUUGAAAGUACAAUGGGCCAAGUACAAAUCAAGUAAUUCACUUAGCAUUAUAUAUGCGACCGUGUCUUGUUUGCGGUGGACUCUUCUACAACUCAUCGUCCCACGCGUAUGUCUGAUUGGAUUCAGCUACGCCCAGACCUUCUUUAUUGAGCGCGCAAUUAGACUUCUUAAUGAGCCAAUGACUCAAGAUUCAAAGAACGAUGGUUAUGGAUUGAUUGGCGCCGCAGCACUUAUAUAUGGCGGUAUUGCGAUAUCAACCGUACAUUACCAACACCGACUUUUUCGUAUGAUAACCAUGUUUCGUGGGGCUUUCGUUGCCUUGAUCUACGACCAUUGUAUUACUCUUCGGGAAGGUGAAUAUGACGAAUCAGCAGUGAUUACGCAUAUGAGUACGGAUGUAGACAUGAUUGCCAGAUCGUUAGAGCAAAUGAACGAACUGUGGGCGCGUGUCUUGGAGGUUGCCAUCGGAAUCUGGCUUUUGGAAAGACAACUGGGAGCAGUUUGUAUAGCUCCAGUUCUGGUAAUUAUGAUUUGCACAUCCCUGCAGACAUAUAUGGCAACAUUCAUGUCAACACGACAGAAGUUGUGGAUGGGAGCGAUAGAACAACGCAUAAGCAUAAUCUCCACUACACUGAGAUCUAUGAAAAGCAUCAAGAUGCUUGGCUAUUCAGACCAUUUAAGUGGUUUGCUACAAGCGCGCAGACUGCGUGAACUGGACCUCUCGAGAAAAUUUCGAUGGUUGAUUGUGUGGCUGAACGUAGUCGCUAGCCUACCGCAAAUGUGCGCUUCCUUGGUGACCUUCGCAGCUUUCAUCAUUCGAUCCCAGAUUGACGGGUCCGAGCCUCUUUCGACUGCACAGGCUUUCACCUCUCUUGCCAUUAUCAGUCUCAUCACUUCUCCGACAUUGCAACUCUUGGCAUCCAUUCCUGCAUUAACAGCCUCCGUGGCAGCUUUCGAUCGCGUGCAUCGAUUCUUAACGUGCUCCUACACAGGCAGGGAGGUGGAUCACAAUCCUGAGACUGCGUUUUUCCAAGACUCCGGUGUACUCCCUGCGUCAGAUAGGAAAAGGGCCGAUCAAGCAUUCACCUCCGAUAUCCAAAUGGAUACGACCAGAGUUGAUGGGCGACCAUUUUAUUCCCCCUCUAUAACUUCUGAUAUCGCGAUUUUAACUGUGUCAGAGGCUUAUAUCAGGCCAAGCCCAACUUCGCAGUUUUGUUUACAGAAUAUCAACGUUACGGUCAAGCCAAGAAAGAUCACAAUAAUCACGGGCCCUGUGGGAUGUGGUAAAUCUGUUUUAUUGAAAGCGGUAAUGGGAGAAAUAGCCUGUGAACAGGGCUCCAUAUCAGUUUAUGACGACGGAGGAAUUGCCUUCUGCGGUCAAAUCCCCUGGUUGCAAAAUACGACGAUUCGGAACAACAUCUGCGGGUAUUCAGGUCGAGACAACCUGAACUUGUAUCAUGAAGUCCUACAUGCCUGUGCUCUCGAAGACGAUCUUGCCUGGAUAUCUAAUGGCGAUGAGUCGCUUGUGGGAAGCCAAGGAAUUACAUUAAGUGGUGGACAGAAACAGCGCAUUGCAUUGGCUCGUGCUCUGUACUCCAGACAACGGCUCCUCGUCCUGGAUAGUGUCUUGAGUGCGGUUGAUCAACACACGGAGCAAAUUAUACUCGAGCGGGUGUUUGGUAGCAAUGGACUUUGUCGAAAUGCAGGCAUAUCUGUGCUAAUGACAGCACACUCCACCGACGAGGUCCUAGUGUUGAACGCACAGGGACAGGUCGUGAAACAAGGGCCCUUUGAACCUACGCUAUCCGCAGAUCAAGUAACAGAAACUGAGGAGUCGGAAUUCCCCGGAAUUCGCAAUGGUGAUUCGUCUACGACGGAAAAAGAUGUUGCAGUUCCCAAAACACUAACCCUGAAAUCAUCUCUGAUAUGUCUCGUCAGACUGGCGAUAUUGCUGUCUACUCAUAUUAUCUCAGAGCCAUUGGGUGGCGCCUCGUGCUUGGGGCCUGGCCUGAUAGAGGUUUGGUUGGACAUUUUUACCAACGAUGAUGGUGUACAACCCAGUCGAUUUAUAGGUGUUUAUGUUUUGCUGGCCGUUGCUGCUUCAGGAUCCCAAGGUUUAAUGAUAUGGCAAAUCAUGAUCAAUAUUGUUGUCAGGUCAGGGUUGGCGCUGCAUGCCAUACUUGUUCGUGCCGUGAUGAAUGCGCCAAUGCAUGUAUUCGCGGAAGUUGAUUCAGGUGUAAUCUUGAAUAGGUUCAGCCAAGAUAUGACUCUCGUCGAUGCGGUUCUGCCCACUGUGACAUUUGGGACACUCCUAGGUGCUGCACAAUGCCUAGCCCAAGCGGCUUUGAUAUCAUUAGGGUCAAGUUACAUGGCGAUCACUAUUAUUCCAACACUUAUCGUUCUUUAUUUUGCACAGAAAGUAUAUCUGCGAACAUCUCGACAGAUCCGAUUCCUUGACCUGGAAGCGAAAAGCCCUCUUUAUACACAUUUUGCGGAGACGUUAACCGGUCUAUCUACCAUUCGAGGAUUUGGCUGGCAGACAAAGUUCUUGGAGGAAUGUCUCUGCCGACUCGACAUUUCUCAGAGGCCAUAUUAUCUACUCUUUUGUAUUCAGCGAUGGCUCAAUGUCGUCCUAGAUCUUAUGGUUGCCAUCUUGGCGAUAAUAUUGACUGCGCUGGCGACGUCCUUGCGUGGUUCCACGGACGCGGGAAAGCUUGGAGUUUCUCUUACAGCUAUCAUGGCAUUUAACCAAUCUCUACAGGAGCUGGUGACCAGUUGGACUGCGAUGGAGACCUCUCUAGGGGCAAUUUCGAGAACGAGAUCAUUCCAAUUGAAUACUGCCAGUGAGCAUCAACAUGGAGAAGAUUUUGUCCCUCCGUCGGAGUGGCCCUCCCGCGGUAAGAUCGAUGUACAAGCUGUUACUGCAUCUUACGACGGCGUGAGGAAUGUCUUGGAGAAUAUCAACGUCACGAUCGAUCCGGGAGAGAAAGUAAGAAUAUGUGGAAGAACUGGCAGCGGAAAGAGUACCUUUAUUUCGCUGCUACUGCGACUGAUUGACCACAAAGCUGGCACUAUUCGGAUCGACGAUAUAGAUAUCACAACGAUUCCCCGUAACGUCCUCCGCUCCCGUCUCAUUUCUAUCCCACAAGAUCCGCUACCAGCCCUCCCCGGCUGUUCCAUCCGAUUAAACCUCGAUCCGAAUCGACAUGCAACGGAUGCAGUGAUCUUGUCUGCUCUUGAGAGGGUUGGCCUCCAUAAAUUGGUUGAAUCUCGUGGUGGUUUGAACGGAGAAGAUUUGAGCUCACAUUCAUUGUCACAAGGGGAGCAGAGACUCUUCGCACUUGCAAGAGCCUUGAUAUCGAAGUGGACGCGGGAUGCGACUACUGGCGGUCUGGGAGGGAUACUAAUUCUUGAUGAGUUCACCGGAAGCACCGAUGCGGAGACCGAGCGAGCAAUGCUUCAGAUCAUUGAAAAAGAAUUUACAGUCUACACAAUCAUUCAAAUUACACACCAAAUUGAUGCGGUAAGUGAAAUGUCGGAAAGGAUCUUGAACCUGGUAUCUGGCCGGUUAAAUGAGUAAAGCGACCCAUGCCUUCGUGUUUCUGUUUCUCAAUGUGUAUUUAACAUUCCAGGCCGUAUUCUUGCCC